AUGCAGCAUACACAGCCUCAUGCCCGACAUACGCACGAUAUAUUGAACGGCAACAACGCAGCACAGCGUACUAACAGCCAACUAAUAGCAACAAGUAAUAAUCAACCGAUACCCACAGUAUCAAAUAACCCUACGACAGCACAGAUAAUCCGCUGCACACAAAUAAACCUGCAAAGAGCAGAAGUUGCUACAGCACAGGCGAUACAACAUGCAACGGAGCAUUCUGUAGACUUCCUGAUGAUCCAGGAGCCGUACUGCCAGGAAGGACGCAUUGCAGGUUUCCCUAUAGCAUGGCAGGUCUUCCAGUCAAAAGCAAGGAACCAAGAUCAAGCACCAAGAGCGGGUCUAAUAUGUUGUAACCCAGCCUGGAAUCCGCUGCUAAUUAAACAGGACAGAGACUUGUUUGCCGUUUUAAUUGUGCUCAAAAAUGCACAACUGAUUCUUAUAUCUGCGUACUCCUCCCCAACAGAUUCCAUCGACAAUUUCGUAGCAAACGCAACGUACGUCCGAUCUAAAUGCCAUUCAACGCCACAAGUCUAUGGGGGUGAUCUUAAUGCGCAUCAUGUAAACUGGGGAUACCAAGAUAUCACUCCCAAGGGACAAGCGCUAGAGGACUACUUAACAGCAAACGACCUACAUUUGGUCAAUACCAGCGGCGCACCCCCUACCUUUGAUAAUACGUACUGCAAAGGUUGGCCAGAUGUCACCCUGGCAACAGGAACGGCUCUAUCGCAAGUACAGGACUGGAAAGUUAGCGACGAACUAAGCUGCUCGGAUCACCGUUACAUAACCUUCACAAUCAACUGUGACACCAACAUCUGUAUUUUAAAGCGCUUUAAGUUACCAAAAGCCAAAAUCCGUCCUCUGACAGCAGCCUUCUCUACUUUAUUAACAGCAGAACAGGAGACACUAGAAGCCUACAACGGCAAAGACGAGAUGGAAGAAUUUACAGAACAUCUUCUGGAUAAUAUUAAGACCAUCUGCUCAAAUUUGCUUCCAACGCGAGCUGCCAAGAAACGGCACAGCAUUUCAUGGUGGAGUAAAGAACUCAGGCAACAGCGUCAGAAAUGUCGUGCUCUAAGGCGCAGAAUAAGAACAGCAACCGACGAGGACACACAAAAAUGCACUACCUUUCAAUUUUCCGUAAGGAAAGGGCAUCAUACAAAAAGAACAUCCUCGCAGCAAAGAUAA